AUGAUGCAAGAGGCAUGGCCUUAUGUCACCAGGCUGGCAUCGGAGUUUGACGACAUCUUCUUCCUGAUGCCGUUCACCUGGAAACAGCUGGUCAAGCCCAAAGACCAGAGGACGCCAGCUGACGUUCCAAUCAUCGCUGUACCGAUCGAUGCUGAGGACUAUCCAGUGCCAAACCGUGUGCCAGGCUCGAUACUGUUCAGGAUUGAGGUGCAAAAUCGGCUCAGCGACCGCGACAAUGGCUCCCUAUGGGUUGAGCUGCCAGCUGAGAAGGACUUUCCGCUCGCAGAUCUAUCAGACAGCCAGAGCCUGGGAAGCUCAAAUGCACCAUGGGACACCCUCUAUUCGAGGAGGGUUGGAGUUGGCACCUCUAACCCCCAAGCCUCCUUGCAUGUUGCAAAUGGUGAUGCCCGGUUUGACAGCAACGUGACAAUCAAUGGGCGCCUUGACGUGAAGGGGCCAAUCAAUUAUGUAACCAGUACCGACCUCCUAGUCGAGGAUCGAACCAUCACUCUUGCUCAGUCAGAUAGCCCGUCUGAUGUGAAUGCUGAUGGGGCUGGCAUUAGGGUAAUGGGUGAUGAUUUUGCAGAUGAUCCAGGCGCAAUCUCUUUCACGUGGAAUGAUGUGGACGGAGGCGUGUGGUUGGCAAAGGGAGGUGCCGUCGGGUUGCAAGCAGGAAGCAAUCAGAUCCGCUUCACAGGAGGUGGGGCAGGCGGCCUGAGAAUUGUUGAUGAGGACUCGAGCACUGUGGCUUUUGACAUGCCCAUCGUGCCAGUGGGCUCAAACACUCUGGGCACCGCGUCAGAUGCUUGGGAGACUCUGUACGCCAAUACCGGUCACUUUUACCAGCUCGGGUCUGCAGAUGACCCCCUUCAGAGCCUCUACACAUCCGUUGCAUCUAUCAAGGAUGAGCUCAGCGUUGAUGAGGGGGGCACCAUAACCCUCUCUGCCGACGUGCUCUCUGGCAGUAACGGAACAUAUGACCUGGGCUCAGACUCAAACACAUGGAAGUCUGUUCAUGCAGUGGAUGCAACUCUGAGCGGGCCACUGAUUGCUGGAGGGGCCACACUGUCUGGCGACCUCGACAUGAGGAGCAACAGCAUCUCGUGCUCAGGCGACCUCGGGUCUUUAAAUGACCCCCUUCAAACCCUCUACACAUCGGUUGCAUCAAUCAAGAAUGAGCUCAGCGUUGAUGAGGGGGGCACCAUAACACUCUCUGCUGACGUGCUCUCUGGCAUAGACGCAACUCUGAGCGGCCCCCUGACCGCUGGAGGGGCCACACUGUCCGGUGACCUCGACAUGGGGAGUAACAGCAUCAGCUGUGCGGGAAACUUGGGCACUCUGGCAAGCCUCGCCGCCGAAACCGCUGACUUGGGGUCCCUAGAGGUGAGCGAGCAGUUCAACGUCCGGGAUGGUUCGACCACAUCGCUUGCGGCUCCGCUCAUCCCUGGCAGCAACAAUCAAUAUGACGUCGGCUCUGUGUCCAACUCGUGGCGCACGGUCUAUGCCAGCAACGCGACCCUCGCUGGCUCUUUGACGGCGCGUGGCGCAUCUCUGUCGGCGCCCAUCUCACUGGGCAACAAUGGGGUGACCCUCACCGGCCAGAUUGCCAGCUCGAGCAGCAGAGCAUCUGCCCUCUACUCGUCCGUUGCAGACGUUAACACGUCUCUUGUGAACAGCAACCUGACCUUACAACCUGGCUCUACCACCAACCUCUCAGCAGAUUUACAGCCAGGGAGCAACUCGACCUUCAGCCUUGGCAGCUCAAAUAGCAGCUGGAAAACCUUGUACGCAAGCAAUGCCAUCCUUAGUGCCGGGCUCACCUGCAAGGGUGUGGAUACACAAGGGUCAAAUAUCACUGUGGGUUCGGGGAGCCUGACCGGAGCCUCUGCCAGUGUGUCCAACCUGACCGUCAACGGGGGCGGUUCGACCGCGUUCUAUACAUCGCUCACGCCAGGCAGCAAUGGAGCAUAUGAUAUCGGGUCUGCUUCAGUGAUUUGGCGGAACGUGUAUGCGAGCAACCUGACGGUCACUGGCACACUGAACCUGAGCAGCAAUGCAACGACUUCGACCCAGGGGUCUCCAAGCAGCAGGGUUGCAGUUUAUGGGACAACAGUUGAUGCGAACUAUGUUGUGAUCAACAAUGACCUUACUGUUGGGUCAGGUGCAACGACCAACUUUGCAACCUCGCUUUUGCCUGGAAGCAAUGGCAUCUAUAACAUCGGGGCUGCUGGCAACGCCUGGAAUGCAAUCUAUGGGUCCAACGUUACACUCUCAGGACAAUUGAAAGCGGCUUCUGGCAUCACAUCAUCGAAUGGUCUCACAGUCGCGGCUGGAUCGGCUUCUUUUGGGAGCAACGUUUCGGUGGCUGGCCCGUUGACGGUCGCAGGUGGGCUGACCUCGUCUAACGGGCUCUCAGUUGCAGCAGGCACAGCAAGUUUUGGGAGCAAUGUUGCGGUCUCGGGCCCGCUUGUAGCGUCGGGCGGGCUUACUUCGUCAAACGGUCUCACUGUGGCUGCUGGUUCAGCUUCUUUCGGGAGCAAUGUGUCAAUCACUGGCCCGUUGACAGCCGCAGGCGGAUUGACCUCGUCUAACGGGCUGUCAGUUUCCGCGGGCACCGCGGCUUUUGGAAGCAAUGUUGCAGUUUCAGGACCACUGACAGCGUCAGCUGGUACGGCAUCCUUUGGUAGCAACUUGUCGGUGACAGGCGCAGCGAGCUUUGGGAGCAAUGUGGGAGUCUCGGGCCCGCUCGUAGCGUCAGGUGGGCUCACCUCGUCAAACGGACUCACUGUAGCCGCUGGGUCCGCUUCUUUUGGGAGUAAUGUGUCAGUCACCGGCCCAUUGACGGCCGCAGGCGGACUGACCUCAUCUAACGGACUGUCAGUUUCCGCGGGCACCGCAACUUUUGGAAGCAAUGUUUCGAUUUCGGGGCCACUGACAGCGUCAGGUGGGAUUACCUCUUCGAAUGGUCUGACGGUUUCUGCUGGAACAGCGACGUUUGGCAGCAACCUCGUAGCAUCAGGCACUAUCACCGGUUCGAAUGGCCUGACGGUAGCGGGGGGAAGUGUUAGCUUUGCGAGCAAUCUCACAGUUGCUGGGGCGAUUGUCUCAUCGAACGGUGUGACCGGGUCUUCCUUCAGCACGACUGGGGCGAUCAGUGCAGGAACGGGUAAUUUUUCUGGAGACGUGACAGUGAGUGGAAACUUCAAUGUUGGGGGCCGCAUUGAUUAUGUCAGCACUUCGGAGCUGCUGGUUGCGGAUAAGCAUAUUACGCUCGCAUCCUCGUCCAAUCCAACCGACGCACUUGCCAGUGGGGCGGGACUCUACAUACAAGGGUCCAACUAUGCAGCUUCCAACAGCACCAUAUCUCUCACGUGGAACACCGGUGCAAACGGGAACUACUGGCUGACAAUGGGAGGGAACGUGGCGCUUCAGGGGACGAGCGGGUCCAAGAUGGUGACCCUCUCAACGGCUUCUGACGGGUCCUUGAAGCUUCUCUCUGAUGACGGGACGACCGCUACCAGCACGGCUGCUUUUGGUGUACCUCUCAUACCCGCCAGCUCCGCCCUGGACAUUGGCAGCUCCUCUAACCUUUGGGGGACGCUGUACGCAUCGAGCGUUGGGAGUGCAUCGAAGCUCGUCCCUGUCUUUGCAUCUACCAUCAGCUGCAGCAACCUGACAGCAACAGCUGCGGUCACCGGAGGAAGCCUAUCUGCUGGUGCUGGUUCGCUCACGGCUGGUGCGGCAACACUCGGGGCCCUCUCGUGCACAACGAUAUCCACAAACAAUUGCAACAUCUCUGUUGGCACCGGUUCAAUAACGGCUGGUGCAGUGACUUUUGGGGCGGUCACGUGCGGUUCAAUUGGAACCCAAGGCAAUUCGAUCAGUGCAGGAGUGAUUUCGUGCACGGGUGUAAGCCCCGGAGCUUCCAACUCGUAUGACGUGGGAAGCAGCUCGCUGACAUGGCGCAACGCCUACUUUGCCGGCACGGUGAGUGCAAGCACUUACUCCGGCCUCACCCGAAAGUAUUGGAACAAGUACAACAUGGGGCUCAUCAAUGAGACCACGGGCUAUCACAAGAUUGCAACGUUGCUCCCCUGGACUGGGGCAAACAAUUCGGUCUUGAGGCUGUCCGGGCAGUUUGGUGGCGAGGCUGCCUUUGCAGUGCUGGACAUGUACAUCUCGACGCGCCCCACCCCGCUCACGGUUUCGGGGACCGCUUAUGGCAAUCUGGCUGCUGCCAAGGCGUACGGGGAUAUCGCAAUAUACUUGGAAACCUCCUCGAACUACAGCGUGUACCUGUCAUCGACGAAGCAAUUUGGUUCCUGGGACCUGAGCGUGGAGGGCAGUUCGGGAAAUGUUCUCUUGGAGCCAUCUGCCUCAAACACGGCCGCGCCAACCGGCACACUUCAGACCCCUUCGCCGUUGAGCCAGCUCAAUAUCUCGACAGAGCUGUCGACCAAGGUCACAACGCUGUCCACAAAUCUCUCAUGCAGCAAUCUAACUGCAGCGGGCACCUUCAGCUUGGGACCUCUCACGGGGAGCUAUAGCAAUGCUGCAGGGCCGUUCGUCGUCUCCGCUGGCUUUGAUGCGGUCGGGUCGAAUCACAGCAUCCCAUUGCCGCCCGGAGAGAGGAAUCAGGCAGGCAUACUGACCGUUUUUGCAAAGAAUCUGAACGGAUCUUAUGGUGGGUCAAAGGCUGGUUAUCUGAGGAUAUUCUACAGUUCAUUAGCAGGUGAUGUGAACAACGCUUUCGGGGUGAUUGAAUCAUAUGCACCACGCAUGACGACGUUUUCCGCCACUGCCAACGGGCAGGGCUGCACAAUAGCCACUGAUGCUGAUUGUGCGGUUGCAUACAAGUUCGAAGGUGCAUGCUGA